AUGGCCGAAGGCGGUAGCGGUGGACACUCGAGAGAGCUAGACGAGACGCCGACGUGGGCGGUGGCCUCCGUCUGUGCCGUCAUCAUCUUGAUCUCCAUUUUGUUGGAGAAGGGCCUGCACCACCUCGGAGAGUGGUUCGCAGAGAGGCACAGGAAGGCCAUGUUCGAAGCUCUUGAGAAGAUUAAAGCUGAGUUGAUGAUUCUUGGGUUUAUAUCCUUACUGCUGACAUUUGGACAGAACUAUAUUGUCCAAAUCUGCAUACCUGAGGAAGCUGCAGAUACCAUGUUGCCAUGUCUGAAGGAGGUGGAAACUGAAGAGGGUGAAACUCACCAUAGGAGGCUUUUAUGGGGCACGCCAGACAGAAUCAAUUUAAAGCAUAGAAUGUUAGUAGAGUCUUCAGGAAAUCCUCAUUGUUCCAAAGGGAAGGUACCACUGAUUUCAUUACAUGGCCUACAUCAGUUGCACAUAUUCAUAUUUUUCUUGGCCAUCUUUCAUGUUUUCUAUAGUGCUCUUACAAUGGCUUUUGGAAGAGCAAAGAUUCAUGGGUGGAAGGAGUGGGAAAAGGAGACUUUAUCUUUAGAUUAUGAAUUCUCAAAUGAUCCCUCAAGAUUUAGGUUUUCACAUGAGACAUCUUUUGUGAGACAACAUACAAGUUUCUGGAACAGAAUCCCAAUCUCAUUCUACAUGGUUAGCUUUUUUCGUCAAUUUUUUAUCUCUGUUGGAAAAGCUGAUUAUUUGGCUAUGCGACAUGGCUUCAUCACUGUUCAUCUAGCUCCUGGUAGUAAAUUUGAUUUCCAAAAAUACAUUGAAAGAUCACUGGAGGAUGACUUUAAGGUUGUUGUGGGGAUCAGUCCUAUCUUAUGGGCUUCAGCAGUGCUUUUCUUGCUAGUUAAUGUGGAAGGAGGGCUUUUAUUAUUCUGGAUAUCCGUCAUUCCUCUUAUUACAAUCUUGGCUGUUGGAACGAAGUUGCAAGCUAUCAUCACUCGGAUGGCUCUCGAGAUCAAAGAGAGACAUGCAGUGAUCCAGGGAAUUCCUCUUGUACAGCUUAGCGACCAUCAUUUCUGGUUCGGUCGUCCUCAAUUCAUUCUGUUUCUCAUCCAUUUUACAUUGUUUCAGAAUGCUUUUCAACUGAUAUAUCUUAUAUGGAUAUGGUAUGAGUUUGGCUUGCACUCUUGCUUCCAAGAUAAUUCUAAGCUCAUGAUUGCCAGAAUCUGCUUAGGGGUUGCAGUUCAAGUUUUGUGUAGCUACAUUACACUUCCCCUAUAUGCACUUGUAUCUCAGAUGGGUUCGCACAUGAAGAGGUCCAUCUUCGACGAACAAACAUCGAAAGCUCUCAAGAAAUGGCACCAGGCUGUGAAGAAGAAGAACCCAAAGGGCUCCGGAAACUCCCCAUCCCGGUCCCCAAACACCAGUCCCAAGGGAAGCCCCAAGGCAACCACGGUGCACCCAAUUCCUCACUUCAAGGCCACCGGCAUAUCGCCAUCGCCUUCUCGGCGGCGGCACCUCUCCGACCAAGGCUUACAGUAUGCUACUCCUGAGGUGCUAUCGGCACCAGCGGUCACUGCCACCCCCAACCCAACCUUUGCAGCUUCCACUGACCUGCUCACUGGAUCAGCUGAACAAAAGAAGCCACAGGCGGUAGGAGACAGCAAAGAGGACGACGACUACUCGUUCAUAAACCUCUCAGAGCCGUGACUGCAAACCCAAUAAAAAUCACUUGCAGGUUGCAGGCUUUGCAUUCAUAGAAUGAUGAGCAGUUUUUGUUCCCUUUAUACUGUGUGUUUAGGCGAUUAAGUGAAUCAUUCAUUACAUGAAGAAUGAUGAGGAUCUCUG